AUGGUGUCGUUUAAUAUGCCAAAGAAUGAGAACCUUCUUAAGGCUUUUGACGAUGCACGGACGACCUUUCGAACUGAGUGGAUGGCGCUGGAAGAAAGCAGGUCAAUACUGUAUCAGCAGUAUGAAAUGGCCAGGGCGAAACUGGCUGAUGAAAAUUUAAAGAUCCAGCAGGAAGCCUACGCUCAAACUGUGGUAUCACAUGAUUGCAUUAAUCAAAUGCAGCAUCAGAUUAAUACGUUGCAAUCGCAGAAAACCAGUUGCACGAGGAGAACAACCAGAUGCAGUCGUGGUUUGUCCAAAAAAAAAAAGAAGGGACUUCCAGCGCAGCGGGCUGCAACAGAGGGUAGAAACGACUUGAUCCCACCUGGUGUACACACCGUGGCGCAUACUGCCAAGAUGGGCGGGCAUGCCAAACGGCUAUUUGCUCUGUCGGGGGCUUAA